GUGGCCAAUUUGACAACAAAUUGAUUAAUUGCCCAAAACACGCUGCCUGGAAGCUGGUGUCUAGAAAUAUGUCCGAAGAAGAGAGUCUUGUCCUUCUAGGUACAAAAUCAUAUUUCGCCUUCGCUUUUAAUUGACGUAAAUUUUAAAAUUAUUUUUAAAUAUUUCAGAAAUCAGUGAUCAUAAUGGGUUGACUCUGGACAUUGACAUUGAAAAGAAAAAUUUCUACGACGUGGUACACCGUACAUACACAGAGUACGGAGCAAAGCACGGAGCCUUUAUCGUUCGUCCGCUCACUGCAAAUUACAUAGCGGAUACUUCAACCCUUAGCCGAAUGCAUGUUACUCCCUACGUGGAACUGUUGACGAAGAAAUCCGGAGGCUGAUUCAUAGUGUACCAGCAACCCGAGAAAAGUAAUAAAAAAAGGAGGCUGGACGACGUACAACACCUUCAGAAAAGAGGCUCUUGAGGCAGACUUCAAACGAUCACCUAGAUACGACCUCGGAGGGCGAUCUUCUUUUUGGCCAUCCAUGAUGCCUUUCCUGACAAAGAUUGCCGAGUCCGAAGAGUAUGCAAGAUACGUCAUAAACAAGGGCCAUUCAAUUUUCCCAAAGGAUAACAACAGUGAAUGGUAAUAUUGUUUAUAUAUAUUUAUAUAAUUAACUUCCCUUUCAAAAAUUAUUAACAGCCGUGAUCUUGUAAUAAUAAUUCACAGGUGUUUGCAAUCUUUGUCAAAUUCUUUUUCAAAGUAUUUGUUGGUGCCCGAGGAAAAACUGAACAUGCCCGGAAUAGACACAGUCGAAUUAUUAAUCGGUGAGGCUGGUAGCCUAACAGGUUGGCACGUGGAAGAUUUGAAUUUCGGUAGUGUCAACUUUCUAGUAUCUGGCAAACCGAAAAUGUGGGUUGAGGUAUCUUACAAAUACCAAAACCAGGUAAGAGCCCUUAUGAAAGUGAAAUAUCCUGAACUGUUCAAAGCUUGCCCAGCUGCAGAGAAGUUUCAGGGGGAGUUUCAGAGAAGUAAAGGCGAGUUUCAAAGGUGGUCUGACAGAUUUUAUAGAACAUAUUUCAUGAAAAUAUUCCAACUAGAUAGAGUUAUGAUUUUGACGCACAGCCGUCAUAUACGAUGCAUAGACAGUGACGCUGAAAAUAAACCAAAUACGACAGCUAGUAUGCAGCAUUGCAAAAUUUCCUGUAUGUUGAGCUCCAGCCAUGGCCUACUUAAUGGUUAAGGCCUGUAAACUUGAAUCCUGCCCCAUGAAGGCGAGAGGAUCUGCCAAAUUCCCUAUCCUUUCC